AUGGACGGUGUUCUUGCAACCAACCAGGGAGAUCAUCGGCUGUACCGGGUGAACGUGACGGAUGAGCAGCCGAGACCAACCGUAGCCAUUGCCGGGAGGGACCGCAACCAGCCCACGACCUUGGAAAAUUGGCAUCGUCGCCUGGGACAUUCCGAUGUGAAGGUCAUCCAGAGGAUGGAGGCAAAGAAUUUAGUAAACGGCCUGAAUGUCGUGAAUGGAGUGCUCACCGGAAUGUGCCAAGAUUGCAUCCUUGGAAAGCAAGAUCGGAUGCCGUUCAACGAUGAGGUACUUCAUGAAACCGAGCCGCUGGAAAGGGUGCACCUUGAUCUAUGGGGAAAGUCAAGAACGCCGAGUUUCGGGGGGGCAAUCUACCUGUUUCUGAUAUCGGAUGGGGGGACAGGGAUGAAGUUUCCGGUAUUCAUCAAGGAGACCGUUCUCGAAGCGUUCUCGACCUGGCUGGUGUCAGCUGAAGUGCAGACAGAACGGAAGCUGAAGGUCGUUCGCGUGGACCUCGGGAGCGAGUUCGACAACGACUUGUUCAUGACGUUUUGCCGAGAGCGUGGAGUGACCGUCGAGCGAGUCCCAAAAGCGUCGUCGUCAGCGCAUGGUCACGCGGAAAGGGGAAACCGUACGGUCAUAGCAGGGGCGCGUACACAGCUCAUCGAGUCCAGCCUCGACCCACGGUUCUGGGCAGAGUCAACGGCUGCACAUUGCUACGUGCGAAGCUUCAUCCCAUCGGCGAGACACCCAGACUCAGUUCCGUGGAUACGCUGGUUCCAAAAGCGGGACGCGGACGGGAACCUGGUCAAGCCUAACGUGUCGCACUUGCGGGUCUGGGGAAGUAUAUGCUGGGUGAAAGACCUGGACGAUAUCGAAGGCAAACUGGGUCGCCAGGGCUGGGAGGGUCGAAUGGUAGGAUAUAUGGGACGACGAGGCUACCGGAUAUACGACCCGAAGCGCCUAAAGGUAUUCGAAGUGCGAAAUGUUAUCUUCGAAGAAGGGGACGCACAUCGAACCAGAGGCGCAACGGGAUGGACCAACGGCGAAGAUAUCCUAUCAAGCAAAGAAACCCCCCAGGUGCACGAACAAGUCAGAGACGCGACACUGGAAACAACAAGCAAACCGUCGAUCAGAGGCCAGACAUCGGGCGAGGCAGCCGAGCGUGCGGAGCCAGAAAUAGCGACACGACCAACGCAAAUGGAGGUACCAGAGCUGCCGCGGCGGAGCGGACGUAUCCCAAAGCCCAGCCGAGCCGUUUUGGAGUCGCAAAUGUCAGGACGUAUCAAGGAAGAAGCCCGGAUUGCAGGAGAAGACUGGGCCAGAGACGCUGUGAGACCGUCAGCAAACUGGGUCAAUAUUGGUGAUGUAUACGAAGAGGAGGACGUGUAUGCGCUGGCGGGAGUAACAAAAGGGACAUUACCAAGGAGUGGAAACGAGGCGAUGAAAGACCCGUUAUGGCGAGAACCGAUGGCGGCAGAGAUGAGACAGAUGGACGAGAAAAGGGUGUGGAGUUUGGUGGACCUCCCAGAAGGAGAGCGGGCAAUAGACGGGAUGUGGGUGUUCGACCGAAAGCUGGACGGUGAGGGAAACGAGAUUAAACGAAAAGCAAGAUACGUCGCGCGGGGAGAUCAAAUGAUAGAGGGACGGGACUUUGGGACGAAGUGGGCGAUGGUAGCAAGAAUGGAGUCCGUGCGAAUGGUCUUUGCGGUGGCGGCAGUAAAUCGGCUUCACGUGCAACAGUGGGACUUCUCGGGAGCGUAUUUGAAUGGCACGAUGGACCGACCUGUCUUCAUGAAACAACCGAGGGGAUUCGAGAAGAAGGGGGAGGAAGACAAAGUAUGCCUUCUUCUCAGACCCAUCUACGGAUUAGUGCAAGCGGGGCAUAUAUGGUACAAGACCCUGGCGGCAGGCUACAAGCAGCUGAACUUCCACGAGAACGCAGCGGACCCAUGCGUCAGGACACGAAAAAUCGGUGACAGUUAUACUGUGACAAGCACACACACUGAUGAUGUAAUCGGGGCCUCAUCCACAGACGUGGAAAGCAAACGGGUGGUCGAGGAAUUCGCGCGGAUAUGGGAUUUGAAGGAGGUAGACGUGAACCUCUUGCUGGGUCUAACUGUCGAGAAACUCCCAGAUGGAUCAAUAUCAGUAUGUCAACGCCAAUACUUUGACAAGGUGCUCGAUCAUUUUGGCUUCUCGGAUCUACCCCCGCUGUCAACCCCACUUCCGCCCGGCUAUCAAGUCCGCGCAUCGACAUCCCCGCUAUCCCCUGCAGACGCGGAAUUCAUGGCGAACAAACCGUUUCGACAGAUCUUGGGGUCAAUUGUGUGGGGGAGCAGUGGUACCCGACCAGACCUCGCAUACGCCUGCUGUGCGCUUGGACAUGUACAAGCCAACCCAAACCCCGAACAUUGGUCGCUUCUCAUUGGCGUAUUACGGUACAUUCGGGGAACUAUGGACUACGGCAUCAAGUACUCCCCCAACGCCGUCGGGGACGGAUCCGGGUUGAAGCCGAUGGGGUACGUGGAUUCGGAUUGGGCCGGGUGCGUGGAUACCCGUCGGUCUACCGCGGGGUAUAUCUUCUUCAUGGGUGGAGCCCCAGUAGCGUGGUCGUCGAAACGUCAAGCAGUGGUGGCACUAUCCUCGACCGAGGCCGAGUAUAUCUCGCUAGCGCGCGCGUCCCAGCAAGCCAUUUGGAUGAAGAAUUGGAUGGCGGAAGUGUCGCUACCUCAAGAGCUUCCGUUGAAGAUCCUGGGCGACAACCUCGGUUCGAUCAGCCUCACGGAGACCACGAAGGGCCACGGACUUGCCAAGCACAUCGAUAUCCGAUACCAUUAUAUUCGGGAUCGUGUCAGCGAGGGGGAGAUCAAUGUCGCGUCCGUUCCGGGGAAAUCGAAUGUUGCCGACAUCAUGACGAAGGCACUCGGGAAAGCCGACCACGAGAGGAUAUGCCAUGCGCUCGGGCUCGACUGGAGGAGGUCUGACCGCCAGGGGGAGUGUUGA